AUGGAUUGGCUGGAGGCUGGCCUUAUGGAUGAACAGUUAGAUCUUCUCAAAAUGCGACUACCAGGAGCAAUAUCGAAAAGAAAAAUCCAACAGCGAUUCCUAUUGGCAUUAAUUAUUCUAACUUUAGGAGUCAUGGCACUUCUUAGUUCGUUUCAGCAUAACGGUGAAACUAAUCCUGAAAGCAUCACGUCGUUACAUGAACCCAUUGGUAAAUUCAACGGUUUAAAUAUUUUCUUUAUUGAGACAUCCGGUCGAUCGUGUCUUACUGCACGUCAGGCGUGUGGAGUAGAAUCUGCUGCCAGGGCCAAUCCUCACGCCAGCGUGACACUGUACAUGGAGAAGACGCCAAUUGCGAAUCUCUCCAGAAACAAGAGCGAUAACGACGAAGUUAAUUGCGCUAUCACUAAAUUUCUGCUGCGGCGAAUCGAAAACGUGCGUAUCUUGCGGCAAAAUUUGCUUGAUCAUUUGGAAGAUACGCCGCUAUGGGAGUUCUACCGCAGCGGAUUGUUGAACAAAUCAACCACUCCGCUUGUUCACAGGAGUGAUGCGAUCCGAGUGGCCCUACUUUGGAAGAAUGGAGGCAUUUAUCUUGACCUGGAUUGCAUAGUGAUGCGUCCGCUGGACAGUCUGAACAACACGGUCGGCACUGUUAGGGAUUUCAUACCCAACUGGAUCGAAAACGGCGUCAUGGCUUUCUCUGCCGGACAUCCAUUUCUCCAUUUCUUGAUGAAAUCUAUGAGUUUGGCGUUCCGGCCAGACAAUUACCUGAGUCUUGGUCCGUCUGCAGUAACUGAAGCCAUACUCGAUUUUUGCGAUCGGGACGAAUUGCCAGCAAGCACUUUGUUAUUCUGUUCGCGGAAUUCCUCUCUCUUCAUCCAACCACCUGAUGCCUUCUACGCCAUCGGCAGUGGAAGAGCGGAUGUAUUCUAUCAGCCAAAAACCGAUUUGGCCGAUUGGAACAAACUGAAACAUAGCUUCCUGUCUCACAUAUACGAUUCCGGUAGUGGCCGGCCAGUUCCACCCACCUCUUUGUACGCCCAGCUUGCUAGAGAUUACUGCCCAUUUACGUACAGAACGAGUGAAAUUAAUGGCAGCUUCUAAUACGAUGCCAUUUACAGAUUUGUGUCGAAACAUUUU